AAGAAAGAGUGAAAAAAAAGUUCAGAUGGCAGUACUGUUAUACUCGCUGAUUUCGCGCAUGCGUACUCCAUUUUAUGUUACACAAACAUCAAAGGUGCCGACAGAGAGUUGUGCUAUUGUAUAUACUGUGAUAUUACUUCUAUAACAACUGUGGAACGCUAGCGAAUUUUAAGCAACACUUACUGUAAACGCAUUUUAAUUAAGCGAAGAACUGUAGUGACAUUGGUGCAACUGAACUUAAGACGUUUCAAUAAAUAGAAUCUUAUAUAAUACAAAUUUAAACAAUUAAAAAAUGCGUAAAAAGAUUUAAAACCUAGAACAUUAGGUUUGUUCUUCUUGCUUACACUUCGUACACUAUCGUGUAAAGUGUACACUUUGGCGUUCUUCUUGUCGGAAAUGACGUAGAGUUGUGCGAUUACACUGGAUUACACGCUGUUCGUCUUGAAAAGUGGAUCACACUUUUAUGACGAAUUUUACACUGGUUUACACGAGCCUGAGAGGUGGUGUACGCAGUGUAAAGUUACACUAAGAGGUUAUAGUUUUCCACGAUUGCUUCCUAAUUUUAUUUUUUACAAUGGAAGAAGUCGUAUAAGUGCCUAAAACGGCAAUAGUAUUUCGAAAUGCCGAUGAAUCAAUAAUUAUUGAUGAAGAAGGUUACAUAACAUGCCAAACCGACAGUGGGCUAACUUUUAAAAUACACACUUCCGAAAUAGAUUUGAAUGGUCCACCCAUUACAUGUACUUUGGAUAACGAAAAAGUUUUAAUAGUAUUAACAUCUACACACAGAACAAUAGACACACCGGACACUAACAUUUCCAAUCAAGAAAAUCAGAAGCCAAACGUCAUUCAACACAAUUUUGAAAUUUUUACAUGAAAUGAUGCGAAUACCAAACUAUUUUUAUCACUCUACAAGGAGAAGAAAGAAUUAGUUAGUUCUAGAAGAAUUAAAAAUUUUAAAGAAAUGUGGAAGCGUAUAAGCGACGAGAUGAGAAACUCGGGAUACGACGUGACUCCUAUACAAGUGGAAAAUAAAUGGAAGACUUUAGAAAGACAAUAUAAAAAAGUUAUUUCCAAUAAUAAUAAGACAGGAAGAGGGCGGAUUACCUGUAGUUACCAAACGUUUACGUAUAGCUAAAAUUGAAAUAAUAAUAAAUCAUAAUAAAUUGAUGCUUUAUUUUUACUUACAUGCUUUUACAGGGAACUGACAGAAAUUUUGGGAAAGAGCCACAAAAUAGUUCCACUUGCUGUGGCGGGUCCGGAAAUAAGAGUAAUGGUCCGAAAUAGUAUAUCAGAUCUCAGGACUUUAUUGAAUAACAGUGCGCCGAUUUUAAUGCCAGUAUCGACAACAAUUGUAUUACCAACCACAUCAAACGUAGAAAAAAGAGAGGAACCUGAAGAUAUGCCUGUGGCUGAUGAAAGUGAAGUAGUAACCGUACCUGAAAAUGCCAACCUCGUUGCUGUUGCUAAAAAAAGAAUCGCCACUGGAACAACGGCAAAGGCAUUGCAACAGUGCCAAAAAGAGAUGCAAGAAUACAGGAAGACACUCGAAAAACGCGAUGAAAAUCAAGAUAAAAUGUUAUCACAAAUCCUGGAAACCUAUAAAUCAAUAAAAGAUAGACAAGAAGAACAUUUGACCGCAAUAGAAAACCACAGAAAGGAAACUAUUCAACAAAGACAACGAAGAAACGACUUAUUGGAAGAAAAAAAAAUUCAUUGAAAGAAUUUUUAAAUUUAUUUUUAAAAAAUUAACCAGUGUGACGUGGCGACUCUUCUUUUCAGUAAAUUUAGCCGACGAUUAUAUUAUUUUAUUCCAUUUAUUUUCCACUUGUAUUGCAGUCACGUCAUAUCCUUAGUUUUUCAUUUCGUUACUUAUGCGUUUCCACAUUUCUUGUACAGUGUUGAAAACAGCUUUGUAUUAUAUUUGUGAAGUUUAUUGUUUAUUGUUGAU